AUGAGCACUAUCACUGUCGAUAUCUCUGCUGGAAUAGCCACCAUAUGCUUGAAUCGCCCAGAUUCGCUGAAUUCUCUUACUGUUGAGGACUAUGAUGCUUUCGCCAAAGCACUCCGCGACAUCGACAAGCGGGACGAUGUUGUUGUUACUGUCUGGCAGGGAACCGGGAAAUGGUUUUGCGCCGGAACGGACGUAAAAACAGCUGGCGCAGCGCAGGACUCCGUCAUAGGGAAUGUCCGGGAGGCAUUUCUAAAGGCGGUAACUCUCAGCACGACCGACUGUGGUCAAGCCGUAGGCUAUUUCCUCACCGGCCAAUGUUUAAUUGUUAAGUUCUUCUCUUUAAUAGCUCUACAGCCACCGCAAGAUUCUGGUUGCGGCCCUCAAUGGCCCGGUGAUGGGUAUGACUCCCUUCCUUCGUUCAUGCUGAACUUUCGGACCAUAACUUUGGCAGGCAUCGCGGCGGCUUUCCUGGGCUACUUUGACUUUAUCUAUUCUCUACCGAAUGCGUGGCUGUCAGUGCCCUUCACGUUCAUUGGCAUUAUCGCGGAAGGUGGAUCAAGUGUCAGUUUCAUCAAUCGCAUGGGCUUGGCGAAAGCCAACGAAGCGUUGAUCUGGGGAAAGAAAAAGGAUGCGCAAGAGCUCCUGCAAUGUGGAUUCAUAAACAAAAUAUUCCCUCAACAGUCGGUAGAGAGCUUUCACAAAGCUGUUCGGGCGCUUGUCCUGGAUGACAUGGAAGGUUUAGAUCCUUCAGCAAUCUUCGAGGUGAAACGGUUGCUGAAAAAGGGCCUGGAUGAGAAAAAUUCCAUGGACGCCGUUAACUUAAGGGAAAGCAUUGCACAAGCAGAAAGAUUUGCAAGUGGAAUUCCUGCUAGACAGUUUAUACGGAUUGCCAACAAAGAGAUUAGGCACAAGUUAUAG